AUGCCAUUCUUAGAAACAGUGUCGCUACCGAGCGAAGAGCGGCUUGAGGCGAUCAAGGCAAAAUUAUUAGAAUCCAAUAAUGCUGAUUCGGUCGCAUCUUCCCCAUCUAUUGGCGGACGACUUUCGGAUGAUAUUUUAGAAAUAUGUAGCAACCUGGAGAAAAUAAAGACGGAGCGCAACGACCUACAGCUCCGACUAGAGGGGUUAAAGUUUCCUGCGGCACUAAGUAAGCUUAAAUUUUACUUUAAUUUGUCCUUAUUUAUGCAGCAUACCUUUACUUAG